GUUAAUCCAAAAGACCCAGUGAGAAGUGAAAUAAAUGGCUUAACAAACAAAGCAACACCCACGUCACCAGUCACCAUCCCCUUUCCCUCCUUAAUACCAAUCUCCCUCCGUAUCCUCCUCUCUUCCUCAACCACUGCUGCCCUUCUCUCCUAUUUCUUAUGGCUCUCCUCACUUUCUUACCAGAGACCACAGUCACAGACCCCAAAAAACAACCUUCAAAGCACAGGAAGAAGAAUAAGAAGCAAAAGAUCAAGCAGAAGCAACCGUCUUCAUGGGACCAAAUCAAGAACCUACUCACCUGCAAACAGAUCGACGGCUCAAGAGUACAUGACCCCGCCAAAAACGCUAAUGGCUACUCAAAGCUUGGCUCUUCUUGCAGUUCUAUUUGCAGUUGCAAAGAUGUGGUCCAUGGGAACACAAAGGUUGUACACAGAGCUGAUAACUCCCCGGAAAGUAGCACUGUAGGUCAAGAAACUGGGUUACUGAGUCGAAAAGUUGUCAAUGGUUCAGGUUCAGCAAGAUCCAACGCUGGAACCUACACCUCAUCUACUAGAGGCAUGCAAUUCAGAAAGCUUUCUGGGUGUUAUGAGUGCCACACCAUCAUCGAUCCAACCAGGUUCCCCUCUCCAAGAACCACAAUAUGCGCCUGCUCACAGUGUGGAGAGGUCUUCCCAAAAAUUGAAAGCUUGGAACUUCACCAGGCAGUUCGCCAUGCAGUUUCGGAGCUGGGCCCUGAGGAUUCCAGUCGUAACAUUGUGGAGAUAAUCUUCAAAUCAAGCUGGCUGAAAAAAGACAACCCCAUAUGCAAAAUCGAACGGAUACUCAAAGUACACAACACACAACGUACAAUCCAACGAUUCGAGGACUGCCGUGAUGCAGUCAAAACACGUGCACUGAACAGCGCCAGAAAAAAUCCCAGGUGCGCAGCCGACGGAAACGAGCUCCUACGAUUCCACUGCACUACUCUGUCGUGCAACCUUGGCUCGCGCGGCUCAUCCAGUUUGUGUAGCUCAGUCCCUGGCUGCUCCGUCUGCACUAUCAUAAGGCACGGGUUCCAAGGCAAGGAAUGCAAGGGUGUGGGUAUACGCACUACGGCCAGCAGUGGUAGGGCCCAUGAUUCAUUGAAAAACUGUACGGAUGAUCGGAGAGCCAUGUUGGUGUGUCGUGUGAUUGCUGGGAGGGUAAGGCGCGUGACGGAUGAUGCGCCGCCAGAGGAGGAUAGCGUGUCUGUCGGCUCAUACGAUUCUGUAGCCGGGUACGGUGGGAUCUACUCCAAUCUCGAGGAGUUGUUCGUUUUUAAUCCAAGGGCCAUCCUUCCUUGUUUUGUUGUGAUUUACAAGGCUCUGUAACUGUGAAGCUUGAUUCUUGAAUUUGUUUUCCUACGACUACGAUCAUCACAUCACAAAAUA